GUCCACAGGGAGGAGGGUGUACAGGUGAACAUGAACCUGCUCCUCCUCCAUCGGGAUGCAAAGCCACUCCACAGAGAAAACCUACUGCUUCCUACAGCAGUCACACUUUGUCCGCACACUAUUGCACUUCUGAGCUCGGAUGAGUAAGUGAAGAACAGGAUGGCAAACUCAGCACUGGAGAUUGUGGGUCUUUUAGUAUCCCUAAUCGGGCUGAUCGGGGCAGCAGCAACUACAGGAAUGCCUAUGUGGCGCGUCACAGCUUUCAUUGGAGACAAUAUCAUUGUGUUUGAGACUCUGUUUGAGGGCUUGUGGAUGAAUUGCUACCAACAGGCAAGCUUCAGGAUGCAGUGUAAAGUGUACGACUCUCUCCUGGCCCUGACUCCUGACCUGCAGGCGGCAAGGGGGCUGAUGUGCUGCUCUCUGGCACUGAGUGGUCUUGGUGUGCUGAUCAGUCUGAUAGGCAUGCAGUGCACAUCAUGCAUCCAAAACAAUGAUCGAGCUAAGCGGCUGGUUCUCAUCAUUGCUGGUAGCAUGAUCAUAUUGGGUUGCUUCUGUGUCCUCAUCCCCGUCUCCUGGACGGGUCAUGUCAUCAUCACUGACUUCUACAACCCCUUGCUGAUCGAUGCCCAGCGGAGAGAGCUUGGAGCAGCUCUCUACAUUGGCUGGGUAACUUCGGCCUUCUUGUUUGCUGGAGGAUGCAUUUUUAUUUGCUGUAAUAUACAGUCGGAUGACAAAGAUUCAGAGAGGUACCUAUACUCCAAGGCCUCAGACUAUUCGGUCUACCCUCAACAGCCACUACAGCCUCUACAACCUCAACAACUGAUGACGCUUCCCCCCCAACCACGAUCUCAGCCAAUGCUAUCAAGAUACCCAUCGUCUAUCUACAGUUACCAGUCCAGAUAUCCCUCUGUACACAGUGCACACAGUGGGGUCGCGUUUCUGUAAACACUUAUUUUUAUUUUUGUUUUUUUAAUUGAUCGGAAACUAUGCAUUUCAGGUUUAAGAGAAAAUGUGUGUGAACCAAUACACCAUUUCUACUACGUUAUGUGUAUUAAUUCAAUUUUAUACUAACAGCCUUAUAUUUUAUACAAAUGCUUAAAAAUUGUGUACAUUUAUGCUGUAUAUAACAAUUUAAUUCAAUCUUUAACCACUGAAAAUUAUUAAAAAGUUGACUUACUCUAAAACAUGCACUUUGUUAAUGGGACAUGUCAUCUCUGAAAAACAAGAGUAGUUGUAACUACAUUUAAAGCUUAAGAAAUAUUUUUUGAAAUGACUAAACUUUAAACAUGAGCUGUGUCUGAGCUGUGCUGCUAAAAAAGAAAAGUUAAUCGUUACUAAUCAGUUUCAACUAGUAUUCAAAUCAAAAGUAAUAACUAAAUGAUGGCAGGUGUAGAAGUAGUACUAGAAAAGACCAACAAACACAUAACGCUUCAUGUGUGAAAUCAAAAGAAGAAACAGUUUUCAUUUUUUCAUUAUCAGGAUUUCACUGGAAAGUAAAUGCCAUCCAUCUAAAAUACCUCCAAAACUAGGACGUUUAUGGUGUUUGCUUAACCAAAAAAAUCCUGAAUCUGUUUAAGUUGGCUGGGUAAAGAGGAAAUAGUUACACAAAAACAAGA